AUGUAUAAUUUAGAAAACUUCUUGAAAAGUCGUUUACAAAAGUAUCAAAAUUCUCAAUUUGCUAUACAUGAUACGGAUGAAUUUAUGUGUGACAUAAAAAAAUUAGAUAUUGAUGAAACGUUGAGAAUGGUUAGUCUCAACAUUGUUAAUAUGUAUCCAUCAAUUAACCUGGAAAAUGAUAUAGAACCAGAAAUUAUAGAUCUAAUGGAGUUUGCAUAUAGAAGCAAUUAUUUUGAAAUUAAAGACAGAUAUUUUACAAAAACAGAAGGUAUCAGUAUGGGUUCUGUGAUUGGUCCAAAGCUGGCUGGGCUCGUGAUGAUAGAUAUAGAUAAUGAUAAUAAUAGGAUACCAGGAAUAUACUUUUAUAGGAGAUAUGUGGAUGAUAUUUUUGUUGUAUAUAGAGAAACACAAAUUAAGUUAGAACAAAUAAAGGAAUCUAACUCCUAUCCUUUAUCCUCUUCAGCACUGGCAUCCCUGCUGCAGCAAAGAUGUCGUUGA